AAUUCCGGGUCAGUUGUGUUGCCAGGCAUCAGGACGGGAUUUAUAUUUCCUUGUUUGCUCUCUUAUAUUCGUGCCUGGGCUUCUUUGGGUCUCCCAGCGUGGAGUUUAUGUAGCUUGGAUCUGUGCGUUACUCCGGUGCAUGGGUCCGUGAGGUGUUCCGUGAAGGAGGCCAGUGUGUGGUGGGACGUCACUCUGGUGCUUAUGCGGGUGUUUGAGAACGGUGGGUGCUGGCUGACCCUCAGCGCAGGUUCAGACAGACAGUCAGCCGCCUACAUGGAGAAACCACGAUGCAGCCCUUUCCCCUUGUGCUUGGCUGGAGAAUAUGACAGACACCUAGCACACAGAAAAGGCAUGGCAACAGCAUACCUGGACCCCAACCCAAACCACACCCUGGGGGGAGGCGCCAAGGCUCGCCUCAGCACGGGGACGGAGCGGGCCCCCGGGGCCCCUGACCGGGUCCUGAAGGUCUUCCAUCAUUUCGAGAACAACAGCGAGCACAGCACCUGGUCUAGCAACAUCCGCCAUGGAGACGCAACUGAUGUUAGGGGAAUCAUACAGAAGAUUGUGGACAUUCAUAAAGUGAAGCAUGUGGCGUGUUUCGGUCUGCGUCUCACUCACAUAUUGUCGGGCGACAUCCACUGGCUCCACCCAGAUAUGGGCGUUUCCCACGUGAGAGAGAAGUAUGAACAGAACCGCCCACAGGAUGAGUGGAGGUAUGAGUUAAGGAUCCGUUACCUGCCAAAGGGCUUCCUGCAUCAGUUUACUGAAGACAAACCAACACUGAACUAUUUUUAUCAGCAGGUGAAGAAUGACUACAUGUUAGAGAUCGCCGAUAAGGUGGAGCAGGAAAUAGCACUCAAGCUGGGUUGUCUUGAGAUCAGGAGGUUCUACAGAGAGAUGAGAGGAAAUGCUCUGGAUAAAAAAUCCAACUAUGAACUGUUAGAGAAAGAUGUUGGACUUAGACGAUUCUUCCCCAAAAGUUUAUUGGAAUCAGUAAAGGCCAAAACUCUUAGGAAACAGAUCCAACAAACGUUUAAACAGUUCGCCAACCUGAACGACGAGCAAAGCAUACUGAAGUUUUUUGAAAUCCUGGCACCCGUGUACAGAUUCGACAAAGAGUGCUUUCAAUGUGCUUUGGGGUCGAGCUGGGUGAUAUCAGUAGAUCUUGCUAUUGGACCAGAGGAGGGAAUCAGUUACCUGACAGACAAGGGCUUAACGCCGACACACCUGGCUAACUUCACACAGGUGCAGAGUAUCCAGUACUCAUGUGUGGAGGAGAAAGACAGGAAGGGCGUCUUACAGCUGGACGUGGCAGGAGCCGCUGAGCCUCUCACAAUCAGCACAUCUUCUUUCUCUACUGCUGAGAACAUGGCUGACCUUAUCGACGGCUACUGUCGACUGCUCAAUGCCGUCGCCCAGUCCUUCAUCAUCAGACCUCAGAAAGAGGGCGAGAGAGCUCUUCCAUCCAUUCCAAAACUUGCCAACAAUGAGAAACGCCUUGAGGGAAUUCGAGCAGGAGUUCGUGCCAUUUCUGUGUCAGAAGAUCUAAGUGGCGAUGAAACAGACGACUACGCAGAAAUCAUAGAUGAAGAAGACACCUACACCAUGCCCUCUACCCAAUGCUAUGGAUUAGAAGCAGCUCAGGACUAUGAAAUCCAGCGGGAGAGAAUCGAGCUAGGACGAUGUAUCGGUGAGGGCCAGUUUGGAGACGUCCACCAAGGAGUUUACAUCAGUUCGGAGAAUCCAUCGUUGUCCGUGGCCAUCAAGACGUGUAAAAACUGCACGUCUGACAGUGUACGAGAGAAAUUCUUACAGGAAGCUUUGACAAUGCGGCAGUUUGACCAUCCACACAUCGUAAAGCUGAUUGGAAUAAUCACAGAAAAUCCCGUGUGGAUCAUCAUGGAGUUGUGCACGCUUGGAGAGCUGAGGUCAUUCUUGCAAGUCAGAAAGUACAACCUCGAUCUGUCAACCCUGAUUCUGUUCGCCCACCAGCUGAGCACAGCGCUGGCGUACCUGGAGAGCAAACGCUUUGUGCACAGGGAUAUCGCUGCCAGAAAUGUGUUAGUGUUCUCCACUGACUGUGUGAAACUUGGUGACUUUGGUCUCUCCAGAUACAUGGAGGACAGUUCGUAUUAUAAAGCUUCUAAAGGGAAACUGCCAAUCAAAUGGAUGGCUCCAGAAUCGAUAAACUUCCGUCGGUUUACCUCUGCCAGUGAUGUCUGGAUGUUCGGUGUGUGUAUGUGGGAAAUCCUCAUGUUUGGCAUCAAGCCCUUCCAGGGCGUGAAGAAUAAUGAUGUCAUCGGGCGGAUAGAAAACGGCGAGAGGUUAGCGAUGCCCCCCAACUGCCCCCCCACCCUCUACAGUCUCAUGACCAAAUGCUGGGCGUAUGACCCCAGCAAACGCCCGCGAUUCACCGAACUCAAGACGCAACUCAGCACUAUCUUGGAGGAGGAGAAGGCCCAGCAGGAGGAGCGCUUCCGUAUGGAGAUGAGGAGACAGGUGACCGUGUCCUGGGAUACUGGGAAUUCAGACGAGGCUCCUCCAAAGCCCAGCAGACCUGGUUACCCGAGUCCUCGGUCCAGUGAUGGAUAUUUCCCCAGUCCACAACAUGCUGGUCCGCACAAUCAUUACCAGGUGUCUGGAUUUCCUGGCUCACAUAUGUCGGGUGCAGGAUACCCACCUCAAGCCUCUGUUCUCGACCCUCAUGAAACAUGGAACCAUCACAGAUCCGAGGCAGUGUGGUCUCCAAACAUAGAGGAUGGGGGCGCUCUCGGGCGGAGUCAGGGUCUGCCUGCCCACCUGAUGGAGGAGACGCUGAUGAAACAACAGCAGCAGAUGGAGGAAGAUCAGAGAUGGUUGGAACAGGAGGAGAGUUUCCUGAAGCUGGAGUCGAGGAAUUCAAGGGGCAGUAUUGACCGGGAGGACGGUGCUCUCCAAGGGCCGAUGGGGAAACAGCACGUUUACCAGCCGGUGGGGAAAGCAGCAGAACAUGUAGCACCUCCAAAGAAACCGCCCCGUCCCGGUGCGCCGUGUCACCUGACCAACUUAAACCCAGUGGACAGUUACAACGAGGGUGUCAAGAUCCAGCCUCAGGAGAUCAGUCCACCACCAACAGCAAACCUGGACCGCUCUAACGACAAAGUUUACGAGAAUGUGACGGGGCUUGUGAAGGCGGUUAUUGAGAUGUCCAGCAGAAUCCAACCAGCACCUCCUGAAGAAUACGUUCCCAUGGUGAAGGAUGUGGGACUGGCCCUCAGGACUUUACUGGCCACAGUGGAUGAGACGAUACCCGUGUUACCAGCCAGCACACACAGAGAGAUCGAGAUGGCUCAGAAACUCCUGAACUCUGACCUGGCGGAGCUCAUCAGUAAGAUGCGACUCGCGCAGCAGUACGUGUUGACGAGUUUACAACAGGACUACAAGAAACAGAUGCUCACCGCAGCUCACGCGCUCGCCGUAGACGCCAAGAACCUGUUGGACGUGAUCGACCAAGCGCGACUGAAGAUGUUAUCUCACAACCGGCCGCACUAGUUUCUCCAUGAUGGCUGGAUCAUUACGGAGGGACAGACCGGCACAGCAGUCCUAACACUUAACAUCAUGUACCGCAGUCAAACAUCAAUGGGACGUUAAAUUCAGAACUCUUAACGAGAAAACUCCUCGCAGGCGUUACAGAAAUAAACCGUUUUUUAAAAGCAAGAUUCAUCACAGUUUUCCAGUGUAUGUCCAACUGGAGAAUGUAUGAGACACUUUAUUUUAUAACCUUUUGCAGUGUCGUGAUUGACUCAUUUUGUAUCCAGAAGUGAAGUUGGUCAUCAGGUCUCCUUGUUCUACAUAAACGUUCUCAGCGCUGGAGAAACCUGCAACUCACACAGAACUCGGAGCCAAGGUCUCGUUUGGGGUUCUGCGUUAUUCCAAAGGCUUAUAAACAUCACAAACGCUUCCUUUGUUUUUUGUCGAUAUGCUGAUGUCAAAAUGAUUACUUCUCAAAUGCCACAGUGCAUUUAGAUUUAUCUAGGUGCUUCUACAAUGCCCAAAAAUGCUGUUAGAUGAUAUUCUCUCUCAUGUACAUAACUCCUCAUGACUCUAAAGCAAAACAGUGAUAUUUAACAUAUUUUUUAAGGAAUCACGGCUACUUAUAUGAAAAUGCUUGGCAAAGAGUUAUAUUAAAAUUAUGGGAAAUCAAGUCACCCUGAUGUGAACGUUAGAUCAGGGACAAAAGCUAAUGAAGUCACAUAUCAGUCACUUGAAGCACAGCUGCCUUCCAAGUUCAUUUUAAGAAUCUUAAUGCCUCUUUUCACCAUAUUUCCACAGGACGCUUUGAGAAUUAUUUGUGUACAGAACAAUCGUGAAUCCAUUUUGUCAUUGCUAUAAAUUAUUCUCAGGAAGAAACAACUGUACAGAACUAAUAAAAUGGUAUCUUUA